UGAUCGCGCCAAGAGAGUCAAGCUUGGUGAGACGUGCGAACCGAAAACUGGACUUGGGAUUGCUGAGCUUUUAUUUAUCAUCUGAACAUCGUACGGCCUUUUAAGAGGUCACUAGAAACAAAAUUCAAGAUGCUGGUCAUAAGUACCCUUCUUACAGUUGUUGGGUGCACAGCCCUCAUGGUCAUCAUUGUCUUUCAGGGCAUCUUCAGCCCAGCCAAGGUAGACCUCGGGCAUGAGCACUAUGGCGAAAAGGCUGAUUUUGCAAUUGGCCCGUUCAAGCUACCUGCAUGGAUGGGAUUUGCCAUGCCCCUGAAUGCCCUGGUGAAUGCCGGUUACUCACUGGUGGGCUUGGCUUGGGUGCUGCGGACCUACCUGGCCCGGAGGAGAGGGGAGGUAGGGGAACUCCAAGCGUACUUUGCCUACACGUUUGCCUGGAUGUGCAUCCUGUAUGGCCCUGUCCAAUUCUGGCGGAUCAUCAGCCAGACACACGAGAGCGCCGUCCUGGACCAGUGGGUGACGCUGCCAUUCUUCGCCUGGGCCAUUCUGUGGUGCAAGGCCCUGACGGUCGGCUGGAACCGAGAGGUGACGGCCAUGCUCAUGCUGUCCUCCAUCCUCAGCUACAACCUGGUGUUCUUUACGGAAUUUGGCUUUGAGAUCGCGCUGGUCAUCCACUCGGUCCAUACCGCCAGCACGGGCUUUGCCACAAACCGCCAAUACCCCUGCAAGGGCAACAACUUUGCCCUCUUCAUGUGCGGCCUGACCUAUGUUAAUUUUGUCGUUUUCAAGGUGAUGGACCUCCACCUUCCCCACUACAGCGAAUUCUUCACCGAGGUCAGUGGCCACUUCAUCUCCAAGCUCUUUGGCGAUGUCGCAUUAGGUCAUUUCGCGUUCUUAUUCUUUGAGAACCUUGCCAAGAAACAACAAGUGGAAAGCUCCAAGAAAGUCAAGUAAAUCAGAGAGGUUAACUUAUUCAAUGCAUCACUUUUGCUGAAAUUUGCAUCGUGCAUCACUACACAAAGGUCAUAACACAAUGUGCAUGACGGUAUACAUUCUACAGUUGUUACCUCCUGUGUAGGGUUCUAUGAUGUUUUAUCCAUCCAAGGUGGCAAAUGGCACCCUCAGGUGUACAAAACACCAGGGACUCCUACGCAGCAGGCAAAUUAUUGUGUAGUGUAUCGUAUACAUGUAGUUGCAUAUAGUUGAGGGCAUUUUUGUGUUGUGAUUAGUCGGAUAUCACGUACACUGUGGUUGAGUUCAGGUGGCCCGUUCUUGACAUGGGUUUCUUCUCGCACUCGAGCAGCAGGAACACAACUCAAGAACACUGUUCUCAGAACAGGAUCUCACACCACCUCGUCAGGUUUUUACUGGAACACACAGAAAAACUCGUGAGAUUUUGAUUUUUGAACAGCCGCAAAAAGUAGAGAGAUGGCUUACAAAGCCAGAGACAAAGGGAAGUUGUGAAAUUAACAUUAGUUAUUUCCACAACACCAUACAACGCCAUGUUGCAUGUUGCUUGCCACUAAAUACCAGCAAUAACUGGUUGUCUGUUCCCGACAUUUGAGCGGCCAACCCACAUACAGCAAAUCAAGCUGUUCGAGAACAAGCUUGUGUGUGGGGCCUCAAGCUGGACCAAGAGAGGGCGCUAUUUCCUUAGCAACAGAGGCUCCUUUGGAACUAACUGCACAUCGCUGGUUCACGAACGACUCGAAAAGCAAGCGUUACAGUUGCAUCGCUACCAAAAAAGAUUGACCAACUGGUCAGAGAUUGACCAAUCACACAGAUGAACUGAUUGCAACCACAGAUGCAGUACUAUGGAGAUAAUUCAGAAAUCAUAGAAAGCCCAACACUCCCUCAAAUCUAGUACAUCUUUUGUCUACUUGAGAAUAAGGAGAAGAAAAUUGUCAAAUGAUGGGCUAAAAAUAGUUGCUUGUUCUAUUACAUUAAUCAUGUUAAUUAAAAAAAAGUGACUCAGACUCUCCAAUAUGACCCUGUAUACAAAUUGAGGUGGCAGAUGGUGGGGGAAAUAACAUAUCAGGCCACUUUUUUUUCAAACCAACCUAUUAAAAGAAUUCAAACCAAACCCCCAAAUUUCAGAAUGAUGCACCCAAAGUAAGGUUGUGUGUGUGCACAGCAAGGGUUAAUAUUUUUCAUUGAUUUGUUAAAGAAAAAAUAAAACUUCCUUGUGCUUUACUAGAAACACAUUUUUGGGGGGUGGGGGGAAGGGAUUGAUACAUAAUGUUUUAUUAAAAUGUCUUCUAAGGAUACUUGAGAGUUUUUUGUGACAAGCAAUUUAUUUUGAUAAGCGAUUGUUUUUUUCUUUGCUAACGUUUGUUUUUUACUUGGUUUAUGUAGUAAUUAUGCGUGUCUGAACUGCUAUUGUUUCUAAACUCAAGAAUUAAAUUCUGAAUUUAAGCAUUCAGAUAAACUGUUAUCAAAUGGGGAAUAUUUUAUUUAAGUACAAAAUGUGGCUAAAAGCCUGAGCAAUUAAUGAGAAAAAAAUAAUCUUGUGUUUAACACUGUGUGAAAAAUAUGCCUGUGGCUAUAAUAAAUGUGCAUUUUGGUUUAAACAAAUUGGCAAUAGAGGCUUUUCACGGUAGCCAUUUUGCAGGGCAGUUGUUUUGUUCUGCAGGGGAACUGCCUUUGUGCAUACCCUGUGGAACAAAAGCACUGGCCUGCAAGAUAGGAGCCGUGCAUACCCUCUAUUAUUAAAACUUUUCAGUUGGAAUCCUGUAAAUUGUUCAGGUAAAUACAUGUACAUUUUACAUGUAUGUGUGCGUGUGCUUCGCACUGAAAAAUGUGCAUGUUAAAAUCAACAAUGGCUUGCUGUAACAAAUACAUUAUGUGAAUGUAAUACAGACAUUGGCCCUGACUCCCUUCAGCCCUUGGAAAGUCCUCCCAAGUUGCCAACUGUACACUAUACAUUUACAGCCUGAUAUGGGCGUAAAUUUUGUUCACCAAGCCGCAUGAUAGUGGCCAGGCUCUAUAUGUACAUGUGCAUUGACCUUUCUCAGUGACAGUCCUUUAAAAUUCUGCCGAACAAAGUAAUGAAAUUAUACAACUGGUUCACACAUUGGGUCUUCUUAGUCUGUUGUGUCUUUCGCAUUUGUGUUAAUGAGCUGAUAAUUAACGUUUGAAAUUUGCAGUGUACUGUGUGUCAAUGCUGGCAUUCUUGGACAUAAGUUUUUUUCGGGAGUGGGGCGGACCUUAAAGUUCAACAGUAUGAAGUACAUGUACAAUGCAUGUUAAACCUGUUGUACAUGUACAUGUGUCAAUGUCUAAGGAUAAAUUUAACAUUUGUUGACUGCUGUGGUGUGAGCCAGUUCCUUUUCUCAUACUGUAAGCAACACAACGGCGCCUGAGGCAAAGCUUAGGGUGUCUGGUGUCUUUGAGGGUUCUCAUUUCAGCAGUUGACAACUGCUUUGUUGUAUUUUGCCAAAAUUCGUUGGUAAGUGGCAAUCAUGUCUUGCCUGUAAGAAAUAAAUCAAGCCAUUGCAGCAUAACAAUUGAUUA